GGUAAAACCAGAGGAAACAAUUAUCACGAGGAAGUAAUUGUGUGUACAACGUAUAUUUAAAUCGUCCCGCUUUAUUGCAGCGAGUGUUUCGACAUUUGAAGAACCAUGAGCACACCCAUUCAAUACAACGCGGAAUAUAUCCAAGUAGAUACUGCUCACCAUAGCGGUCCAACAGGGUACCAACCAUACCCUAGUGCUAGGAGGUGUGAAUCUACACAUACAAAGAAACCAACCAACUGGCUUUGCCCUGCAAUAUUUUCUUGUCUAUGCUGUAUUUGGCCAUUGGGACUGAUAGCAAUCUACUAUGCUGAUAAGGCCAAUCGGAGAGCCGAGAUGAACGAUCUGCGAGGUGCUGAGACAUUUGCAAAAUAUGCCAGAAAGUUCACGAUUUCCUCUAUCGUGAUUGGGAUCAUCUCUUUCAUUACACUUCUGUUUUUGCGUGUUUUAUAUCCUUUGUUAGUCGCAAACAACAAUCACAGCUCUCCUUGAAAUGGUGUGCAGAACUGUGAAACAUUUGAUGAAUAGUUCUAACGGAACGUUUACUAGAUAUUCAUGAUAAUAACAAAGCAAAAAAUACCAGAAUAUGAAUGGGAUUUCAUAUUUUUACUGGUCACCUUGAACACCUUAUGUUUUUUUUUUUUAUUCAUGUUCAGUAAAGGUAUAACAUUGUUCUAUCGCAGAUAUAUCAUUUUAUUUACAUAUUGACAAUGCACUUAUAAUAAUCACGCUAACAGUCAUUUCAUCUAUAGAAAUAUGAUGGCAUACAAAGCUGAAAAACAAUCCCCUGAAAUCUUGAAAGUGAACAGGCACGAACAUCGUGCAUUUACAGUGUGUUUAAAUUAGUACAAGAUCUUUAUAUAAAAAUGUGGUAGCACCAGUGGUAUAUGGUGAUUUAAGAGAAUUACUUGUUAUCUGAGUUUGAUUCAUUUGAUAUUUAACAUAAAAAAAAACAUUGAAACUUUCUCUUAAACGAUGUUUGUCGGAGUUGAAUAAAAAUAUUAUGUAAUACCUGUUUGCGUUAACACUAUAUAUCUUCCAGAAGAGGAAUUGUAUAGAAGAUUAAUCUAGUAUAAUUUGUAGUAACAAGCACUUUAGAAAAUUGCAAUUAACAUCUGGAGUUUGGAUUUCUGACAGCUUUUAUUCAACUCGGUGGUCGAUUUUUUUUGGUGAAAUGUGAUUAGUAAUUUUCAAUUGAUAUAUUUUCUGUAAAUAAUUGUAAAUGAAUUGUUAAAUCUUAGAAUUGCUUGUGAUAGAUUUCUGCUGAUCUUACGUUAUUCAGACCCAUACUACACUUUAGAAAUUGUGUACUGAAUUGAAAGACUUUUCCCCAGAAGUAAAAAGUACAAAGAAAUAUCACAGACAGUACCGAUUUUCAAUUUUUGUGAACAUGAAAAUUAUCAUUAUUGUUUAUAAUGUAAUGUGCAGUUUAUUAUGUCCAGUGUUUAUUAUGUAACACUGAAUUGCUAGAAUUGUUCUGCAAGUAAAAUAAACCAUGUGUUUAUUCAA